AUGUUUAUCCAGCACCAUCUUCGAAAAAGUGUCUCUUCUUCGUACUACUCAAGAACUCCUCACGACGAUGUCUCGCUUCUUCGUCCCGCCCAGUACUUUGUUUUGGGAUGUGCUCUUCACUACACUUAUGGCUUCCGCCUACAUCCUUAUGGGCCACACUCUAGCUUGGCUGAUACAGUGGCAGACACAGAAAACACCAUAAUUCGUCUUCGCUCGCCCCUUGCCAACUACCAGGACUACAUUCCUGGAGGAAAAUGCCUAGCGUGGCUCUUUCUGCCCACAGCGCAAAUGGCUGCAAAAUCCAGAGACAUUUAUAUGGGCCAGUUCAUGAAACAGUUUGAGGUCGAUUUCGCCAGGGGCUCUGAAUCCGCCAUGUCCUGCUUGCUUGGUAGAGUUUAUCUGGACCCGACCAGCAGCCUUACUUCCAGCGAGAUCGCCAGUCUCUGUCUUAGCAUGGUGAGUGCUGGGCUCGAUAACAUUGCCUUGAACUACGACCAUCUCAUUGGCCACUUGGCGAGACCUCCAGAGGGCUACAAAAUGCAAGAACGGCUUUUCAGGGAGCUCUUGUCAAUUUACGGAGACUUGGGCACCGCCUGGAGGAAGGUGGCCACCGAGCAGGCUUCAGUAUACGCUUUGGCCUUGAUUCAUGAAACCAUGCGCUACUUCACGGUGUUGCCACUUUCCUUGCCUCGAGAAACAACUAAAGACGUUGUAUUUGCUGGCAUGACCAUUCCCAAGGGCACCAUGUUGCUCAUGAACGCCUAUGCUGCCAAUCACGACUGGAAGGUUUUCCAGAACCCAUACAGCUUUUUCCCUGACCGCUGGAUCGAUGAAAAUUACAAUAUUGUCCCUGAAUCCACACUCAGACACUUUGCCUUUGGCGCCGGCUCCAGGAAAUGCACCGGCGUGGCUUUGGCACUCAAGGAGCUCUAUGUCUUGCUAUGUCGUACUGUCUUGACCUUCCAGGUAAGACGGCCAGUGGAUCCGAAUAAGCAGAUGAUCAUGGACCCAUUUGAAGCCAAUCUGUGUCCAUCGGCAACUUCGUUUGAGCCAAAAGAGUUCAAGGUCUGGUUGAGGCGGAGACAUCAUCCAGGAUCGCUGGAACUACGCCAUGAGAUUCUCUUUGGCUAG